UCAUGGAUUAAAUCGACAUCGAAACAAUUAAUCAAUAAGCUAGAAAGGCUAAGGAACUUUUCAAUGAAGGUAAACAUAAUGAAGCUGAAUUAAUGAUGCAAGGAGUAAUGUAAUAAGCAUUAGCUUAUUAUAAAGAUGAAUUGGCAGUCGAAAUGGCAGAAGUAAUCAUCAUUAUUUAAUUAGUAUUAUUAUAUGUAUGGAACAAUUAUAGUUUUGAAAUUAAGUGAACAAUAAGAUGUUUUUGGACAAAGAACAAGGGAAGCAGAAAAUAAUGCUCUUGGUGUUUAAGAUCCUGAAGAUACUCAGAGUGAAAAUGAUGGAGAAUAAAUUGAAGAUGGAGAUAUAGAGGAAGAACAUAAAGUAUAAGAAAAUAAGACUCAUGAGAAUAUUGAAGAUUUGGAUGAUUUUCAUAUAGCAUGGGAAAAUUUGGAAGUUGCUAGAGUGAUAUUAGAAAAAGAAGUCUAAUCUUAAAAGGAUAAGGAUAUCUAAGAAUUUAAAUAUAUGCGAAAUCUUUCAAAAGUCUAUAUAAAACUUGCAGAACUUGAUUAAUGGAGAGAUAAAUUUGAUGAUGCAUAAGAAAAUUUAUAAAAAUCAUUAUAAUUAAGAUUAUAAUGUGAAAAUCCAGAAAUAUCUAGAGAUAUUGCUGAGACUUACUUUUUCUUAGGAAAUGUCACUUUAUAUAAUUAUAAAGAAGGUAAAGAAGAAGAAGCACUUGGAUUUUAUAUGAAAGCAUUAUAAAUAUUAGAAAAUCAUCUUUGUAAAUUAUAAAAUAAAGAAUAUAAAUAAGUAAGAUCUUUAAAUUAUAAAUAGAUUGUACUUUAAGAUAAUUAUGACAGAGAACAUCUUAAAAUAUCUUUUUUAGAUAAUGAUGAUACUAAAGAGUUAAAAUAAGUGUUGUCAAUGCUUUAUGAUAAAGUAGAAGAUACAAAUAUAGCAUGGAAGGAGAUUCAAACAGAUGAAUGGAAGAAAGCUCGUGAAGAAAUGUUGAAUAAAGCAUAAGUUAUUCAAUAAUAAUAAGUAUAAUAAUAAUAAUUCACAUAAUAACCUAUUCAAGAAGAAAGACAAAUAAUUUAAUUAGGUAACUUUGGAAAUGCAAGAAGGAGAGUAGAAGUAAUAGAAUAAUAACAAUAAAAUAUUGUUGUACAAGAAAAUAAUCAAGAAAAAUCUAAAGAAAAAUAAUAAAAUGAAGAAGAACCCAAAGAAGAUGCGAGUAAAAAAGUUAAAAUUGAUUGA